AUAACUUACAAUAAGUUUAUAAACCAACUCUUUUUCUUUUUUCCUUGUUCAUAUUUCAUUGAUCCGUCUCCAAAUUUUCCGUAUCUGGAAAUUUUUAAAAGAACUUAAAGGCUGACCUUUGAUAAUCAUUAUCAAAUUAGAACAAUCAAUCAUAUUAGAAGAUGGGUUCUACUAUGCAUGUUAUCGCCUUAAUAGAUCAAAAAUCGCGUCAGAAUGGCAUUGAAUAUGGUAUGGGUAGAUUUAGAUGUGAAGAAGGUCAAUUUGGAACAUUCCUAUUUAAGGUACUUCCAAGUGCGAAAGUGACUAAAUUUUGUCAUCCUUUUUUUGAGGGUGAUGUUGUUACUUUGGUGGGCCAAUUUUCAUAUGAAACUGUGGAUAAAGUAGAAGGAUUUACGGGAUUUACGUUGAAUGUUUCUGUUGCAACUCCUUUCCCAAAACCAUCAUCAGGUUGUUGGGAACCUGAAGAGAUACCACUUUCAUCUCCAUAUUUAAGUUUUAACACUCAACCUGUUCCUGGAUCACUAAGACAAAUAGAAAAUUGUCAAUUUAUUCGAACAAAAUCUUUAAUUAAUAGUGGAUAUACUAAAAAAUAUACUGAAUCAAGAUUUAGGAUAGGUUAUCAAAUUGAUAAUGAUAGAUGGGAUAAUAAUAUUGCUAGUAAUUGGGAUUCUUAUCCACAAUUUUUUAUAUCCGGAUUUUUUCUUUAUGUUGAUAAUGGAGAAGUACAUAUUGAAGCCAGGUGUUAGUCCUUUAGCAAAAAAUUUGGCUAAAUUACUUGAACAAGAAAGAAAUUCUUUUUCAACACCAACAUCAGGGAUAUUUGGUAAAAAUUAUCUUGAGCAAACUACAACAAAAUUAUCAUCAGAAAAAAAAUCUUUAUCAUUACGACCUUUAGCACCUAAAAAUGCUUCAAGUUCAUUACAACAAUCACAAAAUCAAAUUGGUACACAAUCAGAUCCAACAAAUACGGAAUCUAUAAAAGAUUUAUUAAAAGGUUUACAACAUCAUCUUCAACGUAUUAAUCAAAUACCUGGACAAACAAAUUCACAUAUGCCAUUAUUUCAACAUACACCUUUAUCAGAGCAACAACCAUCAGCUGAACAAAUAGCUGAAUUGAUAGCUGAUCAAG